AUGGAAAUGCGAAGACUCACCGCGGCCCUUUUGGGCAUUGCUAUCGGCCUCAUCAUCAUCGCUCUGGCUAUCACUGACUGGCGUUACGGCCUGGCCUUCGGGGGCGCGACCCACGACAAGGAGGCAAUGACUGCGGUCACCUUCCUGAUCAUCAUUGGUCUAAUCUGUCUCAUCAUUGUCUUCAUCCUCGACAUUGUCAUGCUCUGCCAGACUGCUGUGCCCUCGGGCAUGAUCACAGCACGCUUCGUAAUCCUCUACAUCAGUGUGGCGCUUAUCAUGAUCGGCGUCCUGGUGUACACGGCUAGAAGGGGUGGACUGUGGCCCUACUUCCUCGUCGUGGUAGGCAUGGUAUUUGCCGUCCUUGUGGCCAUUCUGGCUGCUGUCUACUCCAGGUGCGUCUCCAGUGAGCGUGUAGUUGUGGUUCGUUCUACGCGUUAG